UGUAUAUCAAAGCAAGGCUAUAGAAGAGUUGUCAGACAUAAAACAAAAUCAAACAUGGCUAAAGCACAUAUAUGUCUUUGUUUCAUCAUCUUUUUAUACCUUUCUCGGGAAGGGAGUUUCGCGAGCAUCAACAACACAGAGAGCCAGGGGUCUUGGUGUGUGGCAAAACCAGCUGUGGAGAAUGAAAAACUUUUUGAAAACAUAUAUUUGGCAUGUGCUAUAAUCGAUUGUGCAAUUAUAUAUGGAGGUCCAUGUUAUCUUCCUGAUGAUCUCCAUAAUCGUGCUUCUGUCGCCAUGAAUCUUUAUUAUCAAACUCAAGGAAGACACUUUUAUGAUUGUGAUUUUGAAGGCUCUGCUAUCAUUGCCGUAACUGAUCCUAGCUAUGGGGAUUGCAAAUAUGAAGUUCGCUAGUGAGGUAUAUGAAUCCUCAUCCUUGUUGUUUUUUUUUUUGAAUUUUUAAAUAGCCUCAUCCUUGUUACCAAAAGAAAAAGAAAAAAAAGAGAACUCCAGUUCUCGAAUUUCAUAUAUGAAAACUAAAGUUGAUAUGGUUCGAUUUUG